AAAAAUAUAAAAAAACAAAAACAAAAAACCAAAUAGAACAUAACCUUGGGCACGAAGCCAAAAUGAGCUUGCUAGAUUUUGCUGAUUAAAAUUGACAUUCCUAACAUUUUUUUUUGUAUUUCAAAAAGAUUUUAUUAAAGUUCCUUCCAUAGGCCUUCCAUUAUUGCCCACAAACAAACUAUCGGGACCAUAAAAUAGAGAAUUUCCUUGUUUGAGGGGUAAGAGGACGACGAGGUGCCCGGGUGUUGAGGAUCUCCGGUGACCCACCAUCGGCGACAUACAACCUCCGCCGUACAGCCACCAAAACCCAAUCAUUCAACGCCGUUGUUCCAUUAAGCGUUCACAACUUGAAUCACCACCACUCAGUUGUUUCAUUUCCCCGAAUCCAUGCGAUGAUUAAUUGAUCUAAGGAUCAAGAAGAAGAGAUCGGAACGGAUCAUCGAUCACUGCUGUUAAACCCAUCAUCAUACCAGGGACUUGGUUUUGUGGAUGCUGCAUAUAUAAUGGUUGUGUUUUGAGGCUUUGGUGGCACUGAAUUGAUCAAACAGUGAGUUUCAUGCAUGUGAAUGUGGGUACCGGUGCCCUUCUGUACUCCGUGAGGGGAUCAACCCAGAAUGCUUAUUACCUUUAGGACAUGGCUGCGGAGACCAAUAAGGACCAAAAUGUAGAUGAAAGUUUGGAUGUAUCUACUACUGAAAAGAAAGACAAGGUGACUGUUGUGAAGAAGAAGCAGGGAGGAGUUUUGUCUCGAAUUUGGAAUGGAGUCUUUAGGACACAUGGUGAUGAUUUUGAGAAGCGACUGCAACAUAUUUCCAAGGAAGAAGCUGCUGUUCUUGCUAGAAUGAAGAAGCGAUCUCGGAGUUGGAGGAAGAUGGCCAGGAACCUGAUAGUAUUCUCUGUGAUUUUCGAGGUUAUUGCAGUGGGUUAUGCUAUCAUGACAACAAGAUCGUUGGACUUGAACUGGAAAAUGAGGGCAUUCCGAAUUUUGCCAAUGUUCCUUUUGCCUGGUUUAUCUACCCUUACUUACUCAGCACUUGCAAGCUUCACAAGGAUGUGUGAUCGCAAGGACCAGAAAACUUUGGAAAGGCUUCGGGUCGAAAGGCAAGAAAAAAUUGAUGAACUUAAAGAGAAGACAAAUUACUACAGUACACAACAGCUCAUUCAGAGAUAUGACACUGAUCCAGCAGCAAAGGCAGCUGCUGCAAGUAUCCUUGCAUCCAAGUUGGGUUCAGAUUCUGGCUUUAAUAUAUAUGUUGGGGAUGAGUCCAAGCUCGGUUCCCCUACAGGAAAGAGCAAUGAUGUUGAAGUCAUGCAAUCUAGUGGGCUCCGCAAUCGAAAACAAUUGCAAACUAGAUCUGGUAUCCCAGGGAGCACUGUAUUCGAUCAUGCUGAUGAGGAAAUGCUCCAUCAUGAAGGUAAUGAGAGCCCUGAGUCUUCUAAGAACAAUCAGCUGGUUGUGGAACAUCACCAUGACCCGGGAUCAACCACACAUGACGGGGGAUGGAUUGCUCGAAUUGCUGCACUGCUUGUGGGCGAGGAUCCAACGGAGUCUUAUGCCCUUAUAUGCGGCAACUGUCAUAUGCACAAUGGGCUUGCAAGGAAGGAGGAUUUCCCAUACUUAACUUACUACUGCCCACAUUGCAAUGCUCUGAAUAGGUCAAAACAACUUGAAGAGAGUGGUUCUGUUUCCAACCCCCCAAUUGUGGCUCUCUCGCCCACAACAGGUGAUGUUAACAUGGUCCACAGUGGUGGUCAUUCCAUGAAUGACGAGACGACAUCUUCAAGCAGUGAGACUGUGGCAGCUGCUGUGGAAACCAAGGAAGAUAAAGAAGGAUAGUUUCUGGGGAUCCAUUCGGUUAAAGGCAGACUUCAUGCAGAAUUACAUAGGUCAAAGAGGGGUAAGAGCCGUUUUAGAUGCUGAGGCCGUGAAGAGUUUGCUUCUUGCUUGUGUGCGUAAUGCUGAGAUUUCUUAACCAAGGAACUUGUUCCGAGAAUUACAUAGGUCAAAGAGGGGUGAUCUUUUUCUUUGUCAAUAAGUUGUGUGUUCGUUAUAGAUAAGAGCCGAUUUGAGUGCUGGGUGAAGGGUUUACUUCUUUCUUGGUUGCAUAAUGUUGAGAUUUCAUAACUGGGGAACUUUGUUCAGUUGUUCUGAAUGAUUUUAUACAUAGAUCACACGGCAUGGUUGCCAACCUCAGUUUGUUUGGGUUUUAAGCCAUUUAGGUAGUUCCUUUUGGGCUUGAGUUUUCUUCAGUUUUCAACUCUUGCUGUUGUUGGGCGUGCGUGGUUCCAGAAUUAUGUACAUGGGCAGUUGUUGACAUUGACAUCAAUGGCAAAUAUAUAUAGAUAUAUAUGUAUGAAGCUGUAUCUAGGCGUUGUCUGUCAACAUUUUUGUGGAUUGUCUACACAGGAAUAUUUAUAUGUUGUGUUCAGAAGCUAAAAAGUAUAGAUUGAUUGGCCAA